CGAGAGCAAUCAUGGCGACUGCAGCUUUCCCAGACGAAGUUAGCGGCGACUCCCUCGAGUGUUCGAUCUGCUGCUACACCUUUAAGAACCCGAAGGUUCUUCCCUGCCUGCACACCUUCUGUGAGCACUGCCUACGAGAAUGGGUACAGAAAAACGAUGGCGACACUUUUCCAUGUCCUAUUUGUCGACAACCUGUCCCAUUGCCCCAAGAUGGCGUCGAGGGUCUAAAGGAUAAUGUUUUUCUUGCUAGCCUGGUGAAAGCUGUGACCGAGCAUCAGAACAUUCGCCAGGGGAAAGAUGACCUUCUCUGCACCAGCUGUGAUGAAGGGAAGCCGGCCACGUCCAGGUGUUCAGAGUGCGCUGAGUUUCUCUGUGAGAGUUGUGAGUCGGCACAUCGUCUGGUGAGAGCUACCAAGGGCCACACCCUCUUCACGUUUGAGGAACUGAAAACGGGAAAAUACGACAAAGUCUUCAGGGCCAGGACAGCCCCACCGUGCUCCAAGCAUUCGGGAGAGAUCUUGAAGCUCUACUGUAGGACUUGCGAGACUCCAAUAUGCAACGAAUGUGCCCUGUUUGAACACAGGGACUCGCAGCACGACUUCGCGCGCUUAGAAGAGGUGGCUGUCGAGAAGAGGGAGACAAUCUUAGAUCUAACACCACAAUGCCAGGACCGAAUGCAGUUCUUUCGCCAGACGGAAGAAGUGCAGAAACGCUUGAAAGAACAACUUCAGCUGAAUGCAGAGUGGGCUCGUCAGAACAUCAACAAAACCGUACAGACAAUAACCGCCCUUGUCAAGGAAGAAGGCGAGCGGCUCCUAACCUGUGUUGACACAGAGGAAAAGUCCAGAAACAAGCAGAUCGAUGCAGAGAUAGAGGCGGCGCAGAUCAGUCUGGCAAGCGCCAAGAGUACAUGUGACUUUGCGGAGACUCUGGCCAGGGAGGGAGGCGACUACGAAGUUGUAUCUUUCUCACAAGACAUGACAACGAGACUGAGUGAUUUGACUAAACCACCUGCGGACACAGUGGACUUUGAACUGGCAAAUAUUAAUGUUGAUUACUCCGUUAUGGAGCACAAGUUGACGACAAACAGUCCCAAAUUUGCCCGAUAUACCUUGCCUAAGCCUACGGAGAGGAAACUGAGUUCUCUGCUGAAACGUGUACCGCAAUGUCGGACCGACUCGAGGACAGGACUUCGUCCGGGAGCAUCUGGGCCCAGUGUGUCGGGAAAUGUAAGCAGAAAGAUACAUGCAUCAGUCCUAUCUGAUGAUGAUAGCAAUGAUGACCUGAAGAAGGACAAGCAGAACAAGCCUGAACACAAGGGGCCUAGUGCUGAAGAUGGUGCUAGCAGUUCUGGAUUAGAGCAAGAACAGAAUUCUCCAUUUGAAGUGUUUGUUGAUCCAGAUAUUCUAAUUUACAUUCGGCAUAAGCAUCAUGCAGAGAUAAGAGAUAUUGGCAAAAGGUACAAGUCUCUGUUUCAUACAAGCAAGGACAACACACAAGCCUGCUUUUCCCCAUCACCUUCUUUGGGAAAAGAUCCUGAACCAGAGAAGGCCAUUGAUGAAUUUACAACACUCUACCAGCAAGUCUUCAGCAAGAUAACAUGUGAGAACUUCAAUAUCAUCCAGUACAGCCUUGCACCAACAUUUCUCUUGGAGGGAGUGAGGAAAAUGCGGCACCUCCACCCAGAAGUUUUGACAAAGAUAACUGAUGAUGACACAACAGUGAUGUUCAUCGGAGAACCAGAGAAGAUAAGGGCAGCAAGAGUAAACUUCUGCAGUUUACUGGGCAUUCCUGUUUCUAGAGGUUCAAGAGGGGAAGGCAACAACAUCAAAGCAACUGCUACCAAAAGCAGAAAAUCAGGACAGCCAAAUGCCGGAAAGAACGACGAUUCCACAUGCCCUAUUUGCCUGUCAGUACCAACAAUGCCAACGUCUCUUCCCUGCAAAGACCAAGGCUGUGAGGCUGUAUUCUGCAAGAAGUGUCUGGACAAGGCAAUGAAGAAAAAAUCUUGCUGUCCAGUCUGCAGUGCUGUUGUGGGGAAACUGACAGGCAACCAGCCAAAAGGGAGGAUGACAAUUGCCUACAACAAAAAAAUGAAGCUUGAAGGCUAUAAAUUAUCUGGAGCCAUCAUCAUUGACUAUGUCUUUAGAGAUGGAAUACAAGGGCCGGAGCAUCCCAACCCAGGCAAGCCUUACACAGGAAGAACUCGCAAAGCGUACCUUCCAUAUAAUGCUGAUGGCAUAAAAGUGUUGGGUCUGCUGGAAAAGGCUUUCAACCAGAGGCUGACCUUCACCAUUGGGACAUCCGCAACAACAGGACAAAGUGACACUGUGGUCUGGAACAACAUUCAUCACAAGACCUGCACAUAUGGAGGACCGAGCAUGCAUGGCUAUCCUGACCCUGACUACCUGAGAAGGGUGACAGAGGAGUUAGCUGCCAAAGGCAUCAAGUAGUUAACACAUUUACAAAUUUAUCAACUUCACUAUACUGAAAACCCAUGUAAUUGUAAAGAAUAGGUCAGUGAAGUUUCAUUAGACUGUAUCUAAAAUAGUGUUUUCAGAAAAUCCAGUAUAAUUGAUAGGAAAUGAGACUUUGGUUGCUAGGAGCAACAGGUUUGUAAAAUGCUGCUCUUUAAAAUACAAGACAAUUCUUCACAUUCAGUUAAAUUUUGAAUGAUGAAUUAUACAGAAGUAGGAUGGAUGUAUGAUAAAAUGUUUGUCAUAAUAUUUGGCCAUCAUGGAAGUUUGGAAUCCAAAAAUCGUCAGUUAAUCCAGAGCUUUAUUGACCUUUAUUGGUUGGAAUUUCUCAUGAUAGUCAUGCUUAAUUGUAAUCAAUCAUGUGGAAUGGCUAACUGCAUGCAAAUACAUGUAGUACAGAAAUAGUACAUGUAUGCAGAAACAUGUAUCAUGGAACACUUGGUGUCAUCUUACCAUGUACCAAGUACAAUAUGUAUUUUAGGUUAACUUUUCUUGUUUGCCAGCAGUACUUUUAGGGGAAAAAUCUUGUUACACUUUAUGUCUUAAGCCCUUCACAAUGAGGCUGUUUACAUUCACAUAAAUCUCAAGACAAACUAUUUAUCUUAGAUGUAAAAUAUGUGACUCUAUAAACUUACGUAGUAAUACAUACAUGUACAUCUUCAAGAUCUUCUUGUCAUUUGUAGUUUCAGUAGUAGCAAAGUACAUUGGACAUUCAAAACCAAGGCACAUUUCAGAAUAUACUUU